AUGGCGGCUGUGCUUUCCUCUAUAUCGCUGACUUCGAGUCACGUCAACGAUUUGACUGUUCAGAUAACCGAUCCGUUUGCCAUUCACGGUGCUAAGAAGCGCCCGCUGACACCCACUCGUCUACUGGACGAGAUGCCGGAAGUGUCGGUGGAUAACCUCACGACCCCCAAGCGGGCACCUAGUUACUCCUCUAUUGGCUACACUGUGAUCCCCAAGAGUGACACUGUUGUCGCUAUCGACCCACACGAUCUCAAGCUGCUUAAGGUCAUUGGUCGUGGCACCUACGCCCAUCAAGUGGCCUUGGCCAAGCACAAUGGAUCUCAGAGUCUGUACGUCGUCAAGACGCUGGAUAAGAGUAAGCUGCUGCUGCACAAACAAGUGGUACAUACGCUUACGGAAAAGAAGGUGCUUGAAAAGCUGUACGGCCAUCCAUUCAUCAUCAAGCUCUACUCGGUCUUCCAGACGGACCAUGAUCUUAACUUUGUACUCGAGUAUUGCCAGGGUGGCGAGCUCUUCUUUCACCUGCAACAGCAGUAUUCACAAAAAUUUGACGAGCAAGCUACUCGAUUCUACGCUGCAGAGGUGCUUGCAGCUCUUGAGGAGCUGCACACGAAUGGCGUCGUAUAUCGUGACCUCAAGCCUGAAAACGUCCUGCUGGACUCUCAAGGACACGUCAAGCUAGCCGACUUUGGCUUUGCAAAGCAGGAAAUGAAGCCUGGUCAACGAACGUUUUCAUUCUGCGGGUCCCCCGAGUAUUUGUCGCCCGAGAUGGUCAAGAAGGACGGCCACGGCAUUGAGACGGACAUGUGGUCCUUUGGCUGCUUCAUUUAUGAGCUCCUCACCGGCUUGCCACCAUUUCAAUGUGAAGACAUGCUUCGCCUUUAUCGGUUGAUCCAGCAAGGACGUGUGUGGUACCCACCAUAUCUCUCGGGCCACGCAACGUCGCUGCUGAAGGGCUUGCUGUGCAUCAACCCCACCAGCCGCCUUUCAGCAGCACAAGCCAUGGAGCACCCAUUUUUCACGCUGUCGCUCGAUUGGGACGAGCUUUUCCAGCGCCGAAUGACGCCGCCAAUCGUGCCGGUUUGCCACGGACGCGAUUGCACGGACAACUUUGACGACGACUUUACGAACACGCCGGUGUCGUCACUCAAGCUGCAACCGGGCGAUAUCAUCAAACGCUUGCGACGUGACGACAGCUCUGGACUAGUCCCUCGGACAGACGCGUUCCAGGACUUUUAA